GCCACAACAUGGCUGCGCCUCUUUUGUCGCUCGAUGACAGAAGGCGCUCCAGUGAUAACCUAAAUUCAAGGUUUUGUGUAUAUUGAUUUUGAUAUUUAAAUAAGAAGCCAAUUCCUGUAUUCCAACAAAACUCUAGAAGCGCAGUCACUUUAAUUUAAUUACGCGGAGUUAUUAUGUCGGAAUUCAGAAAACGCAAAGAUUCCGAUGCGAAGGCCCCCGAAUCCGCGGAAAGUGACCAUGUGGACAGUGAAGAUGAUAAGCUUGGGGCCUCCAUGAACCUAUCAAAGACAGUUCCGACUGGUACGGACAAAGCCCCUUCGGUCCUAGAGUUUUUACUUCAAGACUUGCCAGAGAAAUGGCGCAAUUGGGUGGUGCGGGGCAUUUUCAGCCUUUUGAUGAUCUCAUUCUUCCUCCUAGUGAUCUACGAGGGACCCCUUGCUUUAAUGAUCACUGCUCUAGUGAUACAAGUGAAAUGUUUCCAAGAAAUUAUUAACAUAGGAUAUGCUGUGUACCGCAUUCACGGUCUUCCUUGGUUUAGGUCUCUUUCGUGGUAUUUCCUCAUCACCUCGAACUAUUUCUUUUAUGGAGAGAACCUCGUCGAUUACUUCGGGGUCGCAAUAAAUAGGACUGAUUUUCUUAGAGGGUUAGUUACAUAUCACCGAUUUAUAUCUUUUUGUCUGUAUUGUGGAGGAUUUGUGUGGUUUGUCCUCAGUCUAGUCAAGAAAUAUUACAUGAAACAAUUCUCUUUGUUUGCAUGGACCCACGUCGCCUUGCUCAUUGUUGUCACACAAUCUUACUUAAUUAUUAAGAAUAUUUUUGAAGGACUUAUAUGGUUUAUAGUUCCAGUUUCUAUGAUAAUUUGUAAUGAUAUUAUGGCGUACGUUUUUGGAUUCUUUUUCGGAAAAACGCCGCUUAUUAAACUAUCCCCUAAGAAAACAUGGGAAGGGUUUAUUGGAGGAGGAAUCUCAACAGUUAUUUUCGGGCUUAUGAUGUCGUACGUGAUGUGUCAAUAUCCGUACUUCGUAUGUCCGAUCGAAUACAGUGAAACUUUAGGACGGAUGACAAUGGAAUGCGAACCCAGUGCACUGUUCCGCCCCACAGAAUACAGCUUACCCUCUUGGCUUUCAGUAUUGGGCGUCUUUGGAGUGUCAAACACCAUUUCGUUGUAUCCGUUCGUGCUUCACUCGCUUUCGCUCUCGAUAUUCAGCAGCGUGAUAGGGCCUUUUGGAGGAUUCUUCGCGUCUGGAUUUAAGAGGGCGUUUAAAAUCAAGGAUUUCGGUGACGUCAUUCCGGGUCACGGAGGCAUCAUGGACCGCUUUGAUUGCCAGUUUCUGAUGGCCACUUUCGUCAACGUCUACAUAAGUAGCUUUAUUCAGACGGAUAGUCCGCAAAAGCUGCUGUCUCAAGUUCUUUACUUGAAACCCGAGCAGCAGCUGCAGUUAUUCCACAUGCUUAAAGAAUCACUCGAAAAUCGCAAUCUUUUAGAACUUAACAAUUAAAUUAGUAUUUAUUUUUAAAUAUUUAUUUGUGCCAUUAUUGUUGUGUUUCAUAAUUUUAAUUGAAUGGUAGUUUACCUUCGAAUGAGAUGUUAGGAUUACAUAUUCUUCUUGUUCAUCAUGUAUGUAACCACGUUUCACCAUGACUUAACCUUAGACACUAAACAUGGGAAGGAUGAGCUACGUAUUUGUAUAGUAUUAUGUGUGUUGUUGUGUUUGUUUAAUUUUAUAAUAAAUGGUUGUUUCUAGAACGGCGUGGACUUGGAUUAAGUGCAAUUUGAAUUUUUGUUAAGUUAACUCACAUUCCUUUAUUUUUAGUUUUAUUUUUUUCUAUAUGAAGAGUAUGGAGAUGUAGGUGCCCGAAUUUAGAGCAAACUUUAUAUUUAUAUACCUAUGUAAAUUGUUAAAUGUAUUUUUGUUGUCAGUGUAUUAACACCGAAUAAAAAGUACAAAUAGGA